CGCCCCCCGCGCCAUGUCGGCCGAGAGGCGGCCGCGCUCGGGCCGCGGCGGCGAGGGCAUCAAGUUGUCAGCAGAGGUCAAACCAUUUGUUCCAAAGCAUGCGGCGGUAACUGUGGCAUGGUCAGAACCCUCAGAAGCAUGUGUCUUUCCUAGGUACUUAACUACAUGCUACCCAUUUGUUCAGGAACCAUCUUUGGAUAAUGUUCUGGGAGAUCCUGCGUUCUGUGAAUACUCCAACUGCUCUUACUCAACUGGUGUUGCAAAUGUGUAUCCAGUAGCUGGCUCACAGUAUCAGUCUAACAACUCAACACACUCUAAUGGUUCAGGAAUAGUCAGUGAAUCUGCUGAGCAAACAUAUCCAGUCAGACAAGAAAGUAAGAGUCUUUCAAAGCAGAGGAGAUCAAAAGAAGGUGAGAAAAAACUGGACAAGAAAAGGCAUGAUGGAGGUGAAGCUUCUGUCAGAAUUGUGAACAGGACUUCAUUCCAGACUUCAGCAUGCAGCAGAGAUUCCAUGAAGCCAGACAGGUUCAGUAAAACUACAAAGAAGAAGUCAACUGAAGCUCCAAAACCAGAGUCUUGUCCUCUACCCACAUUUGAAUCUAGCUUUCUGGAUUUCCACAAGUCACAGAGUUUGGGAAGCAGUGAGAAACUGAAUAUACACCAUAAAAGUACUCCAGAAGAUAUUUCUGCAAAAAGCAAAGCUUUGCCAAAAGUUUCAGAUGAAGCAGGAGCCAAUUUAAUUCCCUCUUCACUUGAUAGUAGGGUGUCAUUUCCUGAAGCACCUGCAGAUGGCUCUGCUCAGCCACAUGUGUCUUGGGCCGUGGUACUUUCACAGCACCCAAAGAAAAUUGUUUCAUCACCAGCAUCUGAAGGUCUUUCCAGAGGCAAAGGGAAGCAGGAGAGUGAACCAAAGCAGUCAGAAACAAAAAAUAUUGCGAGUGAAACUGAACCUGAAGAAGAGUCAGAAAAGAAGAAAAAAAAGAAGAAAAAGAAGAAAAAACUAAAGUCACCCACUGAUGUAGAAAGACCUCAAAGUGAAUCUAACGUAAUACAGGAACCACCAAAGAUUGAGGAUGUUGAGGAGUUUCCUCACCUAGCAGCUGCUUCUGAUAGAAGAAACAGGGUGGGACCUCAGAAACCAUCCUUUACUUCUGCAGUCAGAAAGCAGUCUGAAAUCCAUCUCUCCGAAGAGCCUCCAAAGAGUCGGUCUCCCUCUCUGGAUGAAACUCCCAAGGUGGAUGGACUGUCUGGGAAACAAGCUUCAUCUUCUGUAUUAGAAAGAAAGAAAACUCAGGAAAUAUCCAGGAGCAGUGGUAAGAAGAGUCAAAUUCCGGUGCAGUUGGAUUUGGGUGGCAUGCUUGCAGUCUUGGAGCAGAAGCAGCAAACAGAGAAGUCAAAACAGUCUCCUAAACCAGUGGUAUUUUCAGUUGGUGGUGCCAUACCAUUGCUAUCUAAAGAUCCUGCUACUGCCACGAGAAGUCACCGUUUAAACCAGGGAAAGAUGCCUCAUAAUCCCUUGGAUUCCAGUGCUCCUUUGGUGAAGAAAGGGAAACAGAGAGAAGUACCUAAAGCCAAGAGACCAACACCUCUUAAAAAGAUUAUUCUGAAAGAAAGAGAACAAAGAAAACAGCAGCACCUGUUAGAACAGAAAGCAGCACCAAAAGACGAAGAUAACAUUUCUCAGACAGCAGGAAAUGUUACUGAAAACGCAGCACUUCUACAGGAUAGUCAAGCAGCUAUUCCAGUAACACGAGUUGCCGAAGGGUUUCUGGAGCACACGGGGAUCAAGGAAUCUGAAGAAGAUUCUGUGACUUCAAAGCAGCUAACCGCCACUCUUCCAAAAAUCCACAGCAGGAAUUUUAGAGAUUACUGCAGCCAGGUACUUAGUAAAGAAGUUGACAGUUGUGUGACAGAUCUCUUAAAAGAACUGGUUCGUUUCCAAGAUCGUUUGUAUCAGAAAGACCCAGUAAAGGCCAAGAUAAAACGCAGGCUUGUUAUGGGUCUUAGAGAAGUUCUGAAACAUCUGAAGCUGAAAAAACUGAAGUGUGUCAUCAUCUCUCCUAACUGUGAAAAGAUUCAGUCAAAGGGUGGGCUGGACGAGACUCUACACAACAUUAUUGACUGUGCCUGUGAGCAGAAUAUCCCGUUUGUUUUUGCCCUGAAUCGCAAGGCCCUGGGCCGCUGUGUGAACAAAGCAGUGCCUGUGAGUGUGGUGGGAAUUUUCAGUUAUGAUGGGGCUCAGGACCAUUUUCAUAGAAUGGUACAGCUGACAACAGAGGCUAGGAAGGCCUACAAAGAUAUGAUAGCAGCUUUAGAGGAAGAAGCUAAAGCAGGACUAAGAGAAACCCAGCCCAGUGUCUUAACUCCUGUAUCUGAAAAAAAUGGCUUGUUAGAAGCUUGUAAAACAUCUUCCAAGGACUCAGAUGAGGAUGUACCAAAUUACAUUAAAGUCUGGAAGAGAAAACUUGAAGAAGAAUAUAACCCAUAUGCACUGGAGUUGGAAAAGAGUGCAACUGCUGACAUGGCAAUACUGAAUUUGGAAGACCAUCAGUAAAUCCAGAUCCAGCUCUACUGAGCUUUUAAUUUUUUCUUCUGUUAGAUCCCUAGGAAGAAGGUAGCAAAAUAAUAUAAAGAAAUACCUGAAGUUAGCUAAGCAAACUGUUCUGAAUCCCUUUAAGCAAAAUAUACACUGGAGCACAUGA